AUGCUGCCCUUGGCAGAAAUUGUCGUGUCGGCGUGCUUGGUCGUGAGCAUCUGUGUGUUUGGGCUACUGAUUGACAUGGAGGCACACCGGCGGAUGGCCCAAGCCAAGGCCCCCCACGUAGCGACCUCGAACGCGUCCUCGCACUGGCCCACGUCAUGGAUCCAGCAUGAACUCAUUCGGCCGUGCGCACCGGGCGAGACGUCAUAUUUGGACACGGUCAAGACGAAUGCCCUGACGUCACCGGGAAACAUGUACUUUCGCAGCAUUUGCGAGACGGGGUCCGACGCGCCGUCGCUCACCCUCAAGGCAAAAUCCAUCAGCUGCCGCAUAUGGCAGCAUCUCGAAGCGUAUUUAGAACGGCAAGCCGCCUCGGCGCAGAACCAAAGAGCUCCUAGAGAACUCACGACUUGCCGAGUCCAAGGCGCCCAAGCCGACGAUCUGAGGCUGCCAAUGUCGCUCCAUUAG